CAGAAUAUUUGAAGGAGUCUUGCUCAACAGCGCAAUAUGUUGAGUCCUGGCAUGCAGGCUGAAAGGAUUUCUGGGGAACUUGAAAUGCAUUCUCAGUGCCUCAGGUCUGUGAUCUGUUAAAGUUAACCUGUAGUUGUUUUGAGGAGAUCACCGGGAGCACGAAGUGUUCAGAGUCAACCCGUGCCUGGAUUUUUGAUAAAUGAAAACAUUACAUCUGACAGAGAAGGACGAAAAGUGCUUCAUCUUCGCCCGAAAAGCCUGUGUCCUCGCAAGCAGCAUGGCCUCCUCUGACAGCAACAACCACACCAACCUCAGCUAUUACUGUUUAUUCAAUGAAGAUUUUAAAUUCAUUCUGCUUCCGGUCAGCUACGCCCUGGUCUUUGUGUUCGGCCUGGCUUUGAAUGCCACGGCUCUGUAUGUGAUCGUGUUCCGCACGAAGCGCUGGAAGCCCUCCACCAUCUACAUGUUCAACCUGACAAUGUGUGACACGCUCUACGUCUUCACCCUGCCCUUCCUCAUUUACUACUACGCAGACGAGAACGACUGGCCCUUCAGCGAGCCGUUCUGCAAGCUGAUACGCUUCCUGUUUUAUGCAAACCUAUAUGGUUCUAUUCUGUUCCUGUGCUGCAUCAGUCUGCAUCGGUUCAUCGGCGUCUGUUAUCCGGUCCGUUCCCUGAGCUGGGUCAGUGCCCGUCAGGCCCGGCUGGUGUCGGUGGCAGUGUGGGCCUGUGUCUUGUUCUGCCAGGCUCCCGUCCUCUACUUCUCAAGAACGAGGGAUGAGGACACCGAGCGAAUCUGCUAUGACACCACCAGCCCAGAGCUUUUCGAUGACUUCCUGGUGUACAGCUCGGUCGUGUCGGUGCUCAUGUUUGCCCUGCCCUUUAUGGUGGUGAUGGUGUGCUACGGCCUCAUGGUGCGGAAACUUCUGGGGCUUGGCCGUGGGUCCGGCAGAGGAGCUGAGGAGAGGGGAGGUCUAGCGGCCCAAAGGUCCAAGCAGAAGUCAGUGAAGAUGAUCAUUAUUGUGCUGGCAGCGUUCAUGCUCUGCUUUCUCCCUUUCCACCUCACCAGGAGUCUUUACUAUUCCCUGAGAUAUCUGAGGCAGGUCGAUCCCACACAGGUCAGCUGUAGUUUGCUGGAGGCGUCCAGCGUGGCUUACAAGGUGACGCGGCCUUUGGCCAGCGCCAACAGCUGUAUGGACCCCAUCCUUUAUUUUCUGGCAGGGCAGAGCACCCGCAGCAGUCUCACCAAGAAACGCAAGCUGUCCUCAUCAAAAUCUAAAAGUGUAACAACACAGCUCUGAUCCAAUCCCUGAGACCUUAUAUUUGAGGGACAAGUCUUGUACUCUUUGCAAAGCACCUCCUAUAAAUGUGGAUUUUCAGUCUUAACUUGCCUGUAUGGCAACCACAAGACUUGGACUUGAUAUGUCUAUGUUAAAAAGGAGCGUUCUUUUUUUUUGAAAGGGGAGAAAUCAACUCAUUUUAAAAUGAAUACAUCUCAUUUCUUCUUCAGGUCAGUCUGUAGACUGAUAAAGUAUAUGCCAAGGUUUUAUUGUGCAAUUUCAUCUUCCACAAAAACCUUUCUAAUUUAAUCUUUUCACAGAUAACCCUGCACAACUCUGUUUUUGUGUUAGGGUUAGAUAUUGUGAGCACAUUUGUGCACCUGCAUGUCGUCAGAGGAAGUUUUUGUGAGAGGACUGAACUCCUCUUUGUAAUUAGGAUUAAUGCACAAGAAAAACUGCUUCACCUAAGUUUCUUAACUUCUAGAGCUGAAUUGAAUUAAAAGAUGUUUUUAAUUUACCUUGACCGUCUGUUUUGCAGCAUAAUCUGAUAGUUACAGGUACAGAACGGUCCAGACCUCUAUUCAUGCAGUGUCUAGAGAGGCAGUGAUCAUUUCCAAGUGAUUUUUCAAGAAUUGUCGUUCAAUACAAAUGCCAUGAAUGUAUUUAUGAUACAAGAUGAUUGCUUGAAAAAACUUUGCUCUCCUACCAACAUUUGACUACAGUGUCCACCCAUGUAUGUUUGCAUAGGAACCAGAUGUUCCCCCUCACCUUGUUUCCUCUGAUCCACAUAGUAAACACAUUACGGACACGUCUGUGUACCAUGGAUCUAGCUGUGUACCCAUCAAGGUUAAAACAACUCUGUGGCCAUUUAAGUCCUGGUUUGAAUGUGGGCUUUGUGUGUGUGUGUGUGUGUGUGUGUGUGUGUGUGUGUGUCCUUAAGUCACAACGUGUAAAGAAUAGUAGUUGUGAAAUAAUAAAGAUGUACAACUAUGGUAGUAGUUGCUUUUCUUAUAUUUUGCAACUCAAUGGAAUUACUUAUUCCCCAUAAUAAUAAAAGUUAUCUUAAAACCAAAGUAGUCAACUUGAUUAAGAGUUUAGAAAUUGUUAAGCUAAUAUUCGUAGGAAGAGCCACUUUAUCCUUCAUUUAUGAAACCAUCUCACGACGACCACUAGGGGGAGAUAGAGUCCAACAGGAUAAGUGAAGGUUCUGCGGUUUCAGUACUUUCUUCCUCCGUAUUUUCAGC